UGGUCCGUCAGAUCGUUUUCCUGUGUUGCACGAAUCUUGGCACAUCUCUUUCUCAUUUUCUCUUUUCCUGGUUGAGUCAACGUUCAGCCCUCUCUUUUAUUUUUCGAAUUUCCUCAUUUCCUCCUUUUCUGGCCGGUUGUCUCUUUUCUCCUCUGCCUCGGUUGUGUUGGAAGGGGAGCGAUAUGGCGGAGGUGUUGCCGGGGGAUCCGCCACCACUGCGCCCGGCGGCGAGCACGCAGCGGACGCGCGCGGCGAUGGAGACGCAGCGGACGCGCGCGGCGACGGAGACGCAGCGGACGCGCGCGGCGACGGAGACGCAGCGGACGCGCGCGGCGACGGAGUCCGUGCUGCCCUCUUCGGAUGGGGAGCGCCCGGUGAAGGAGGCCAUGGGGAUUCCUGCUGACAGAGAAGUUCCCCGGUGCGCGGCCGGGGGAGCUGUUUUUCGUGUGCGUCGAGGACAUGGCCAUCGUUCGGGUGAUAUAAGCACGAGGAGGUUUGGUGAUAAUUUGCUAGCAGGUUAUACGAGAGAUUGGUGUUCUUCAUCGCAUGAUGCAGAUUUUAUGUUGUCUAGCAUGGAUAGCCUGUCACCAAGUGACAAAGAGAAUGUCUACCCAACUCGGAACAGCGGUCUGGAUGAAGCUUUGUUUCAGUUUAUCCGUAAAGAGGCUAUCAAAUCUGUCAAGAGGGAUUUUACGGAUUUUUGCAAUGGUUCUAAUAUUUGGUCUCAGAGUAAAAGGGCAAAUCGUCAUGAAAUUGGCAGAGAGUCAUUUAUCUCUUACUCAAUCAAGUACUACUGGGAGGUUUUGAAAUGUUUGAGCAAUGAGCGGAAGGAAGUCAUUAGGAAGUUUGGCUUUGGUUGUCUUCUAUUGUAUGAGAAAUCUGAAAUACCUUCUUCAUUUGUCCGGUGGCUUGCCAGCUGUGUGGAUCCUGUAUCGUCGCAGAUAAUUGUUGAUGGUUCGAAGAUUAUACCAAUAGCAAAGUCCUUUGUACACUUUGUUAUUGGACUGCCCAAUUCUGGUGUUGUUCCCUUGCCCAACAGUGAUGGUGGUGCUAAACUCCUUAUGUCUCUGUUUCAUUUGUCUGAGUUACCGCACAUUACAUAUUUUGGCAACAAGUUGAAGUCUAAAGAAGUUCUUACUGACAAAGAGAUUUUCGUGUCCUUCAUGGUUAUAGCAUUCAAAUGCUUUUUGUUCCCAACGAGUGAUGAUUUUCCAAACACAGAUUAUCUGCAUAUUCUUGAUGAUCCUGAUGCUUCUAAAGGCUUUGACCUGUGUGAACUUGUCUAUGAUCAUCUGAUUGCUGGAGUUCAUAAAUUACUGAAGGUUUGCAAAUUGAGUGGAAGGAAACCUAGGGAGUUCGAGUUCUGCUACUACUUCCUUGCCGUGUAUUACCUUGAUUCACUCGAUUUUUGUGGUAGGAAGCUAGAUGAUACUAUUCCUAGGAUAUCUGUUUGGAAAGGAAAUCUUAUUAAGUUCUUCUCUGGAUUGGACUUGAAGGAGAAUAACAUUUUUGGGAAGAGGCAUUUCAAGAAAAUCCUUGCACCUUGUUAUAGAGACUUUGGCAAGGACCUUGAUGCAAAGAUUAUCGACGGAAUUAUUGCUUCAGUAUGCUCUGUGGAGACUGGUAACCAUGGGAAUGUUAACAAGUCUGAAAUUUUCGUAACAAAUGUGUUGCAGUUUAUGUUGGAUAUGAAAUUAUCUGAAUUGAAGAUUCCUACAACAUCCAAUAUCACAGUUCCAGUUUUUGGGGCUGGCAAUUGUGAGGUUCCUGCAGGUACUAGCAAUUACAAUAAUGCAUUUGGCAUCCAAGAUAAAUACAUGAAGGUUGAUGAGUAUGACAUUGCCAGAAAUUUGGAAGUAAUAAGCCCUGAAGGUCUUCCUCAUGCUUCCAGCAGUAGCAAAUCAUUCUCUUUGAAAUAUGCUAGUCCAGAAUGUUUGAUUACUACGAUAGAUGGACCUUAUGGUAGUAAAACAGCUCCUGAAAUUCAUCCAUUAAGGAAGGUGAAAGCUAGAUUGCAUCCUGAAGUAACUGUAGGCCAGCAUCUCCCUUCAGUCAAUACAUAUCCUUGUGGAGUAAAAGAUUUCAGGGAAUUCAUUUUGCCUGAUGGUAGUAAUGUUGUUGAAAAUGAUGUUAGAUCUGUUGGGGGUUAUGUUGUGGGUAAUGAUGUGGCAGCUCCUAUUGCACGACUUAAUUUCUUGGAAUCUCCGAACAAUAAGGGUUGCAGCAACUUUGACCUGUCUGAUCGUCCUACUGUGAUAAACAGAAGUACAAACUUCUCCGGUUCUAGGCAUGAUCCAAUCCCUGUUGGUGAUAUAUCUCCCAAAACUCGCCCUGUAAGAUUUUUUCUUCAUUGUUUGAUGGUUUUUUGUUGUUUACAUUUUGAAGUUAUCCCCUGCGAUAUUAUCUUUUGUACUGCUAGAUUCAGCUUAGCCCAGAAGUUGAAAUUAUUGGACAAAGCUCUUUUAGUUUUUGUCAAGCUGAAAUGGCAAAUAAAGUAGAUGAAUUGUACAACAAGAUGUCUAAUAUUGCUUGUAAGAAUGGAGUUGAUAUGCAAGCCGAGCAAUAGGUUGAUCUGACGCAGAAUGGGUUUGAUAAGAGGAAGGCAAAAGAUGAUCUCAUCAGUUUGCAACCUAAGAAGAUAUUAGAUCUUCCUCUUCUUCAGAACAAGCGGUUCCCUGUGUCUCAUUCAGACAUCAGAAAUUUUUGUGCAAUUGUUGAUCUGGCAUAUACAAGGGGUGUACAAAAGUCAUACUCUGUUAUUUUUGAUAAGGUGCACUGCAGCUAUAUAUCGUUAGGUCAAUCACUAAUGGUUGGAGGACAUGUUGAUAAUUUCCUGGUCCCUGUAUUCUGCCGUAAACUAUUUGAGGACAAUCAUCCUAGUAAAUCUGGUAGACACCACUUUUUCUCGUUCAUUGGAGAGAAUAUCUUGGAUUACCAGAAUGAUGUUCAAGUGAAUAUUAUAUCAAAGGCAUUUCUAGGAGCUGCAUCAGCAAGCAGGGGGAAACGUCUUGAGCUAUCAGACAGGCUAUUUUUCCCGAUUUGUCGCAGCCGUCAUUGGUUUACGUUUUCUGUUGAUUUCAAGUAUAAGGUUUUCAUCUUCUUGGACUCUCUUUUUGGGAAAGAUGAUGAUUAUCACACAUCUAUUAAAAAUGUGCUUAUUAACAACUUUGUGAAGCUGUGGAAAAUAAUCUUUAAAACCGAUGAAAACAUGUUCAGAAAUUUUGGAGUGAUGUAUCCAAAUGUUCCUAAACAGGAUAAUCCCGAUGAUUGUGGUGUUUUUACUCUGAAGUUCAUGGAAAUCUACAAGCCACCAUUUGAUAUGCGCAAGUUUUUCAGCAAGGAUGAUAUAGUUCAUAUCAGGAUUCAGAUGGCCAACCAAUUGUUUUUGUCCCCAAGGAAUAGAGCUGACAAAAGCGUUGUUCUUGAAUACAAAGCUUAGAUUUUGUUGGUUACAUUUGUCCUGAGUGGCUAGUAAUCCCAUGUCUUUUAAUACUUGUAUUAGUUUUGUGACGUACAGAUUUUUACCUCACUUUUUCAUAGCAUGAUAUAUGUACUGCCCUCUGUAGUUAUUUUUCUGUAUACACUUUGUAAUGUGCUUCUGAUUUUAUUUUUAUUCUUCUGA